AUGUUUGUGCAGGAGGAGAAGAUCUUCACGGGCGAGGUGCUGCGGCUCCAUAUCUGCGCGAUCGACGGCGCCGAGUGGCUGGAGGAAGUGACCGAGGACACCUCGGUCGAGAAGCUCAAGGAGCGCUGCCUCAAGCACUGUUCACAUGGGAGCCUUGAAGACUCCAAGAGCGUAACACAUCACAAAUUAAUGCACGCUGCUUCACAGAGGGUUCUGAACGAUACCAAAACGAUCUUGGAAGAGAACAUUCAAGAUAAAGAUGUGUUAUUGUUGAUAAAAAAGCGGACCCUGGAGCCACAGUCCAAGAUGGCUGAUGUGGAAGAAAAGAAAACAGAAGACCAGAAAGCCCCAGACAAAGAUGCCAUAUCCCAAGCAACGAAGAACCUGCCCACCCACAACAUGGACCGCGCCGUGGUGCAGACCAACAUGCGAGACUUCCAGACAGAACUCCGCAAGAUCUUGGUGUCGCUUAUUGAGGUGGCCCAGAAGCUGCUGGCGUUGAACCCCGAUGCUGUUGAGUUGUUUAAGAAGGCCAAUGCCAUGCUGGACGAGGACCAGGAGGAGCGAGUGGAUGAGGCGGCGCUGCGGCAGCUCACGGAGAUGGGCUUCCCCGAGAGCAGGGCAGUGAAGGCCUUGAGACUGAACCACAUGUCGGUGACCCAGGCCAUGGAGUGGCUGAUCGAGCAUGCCGAGGAUCCCGCCAUAGACACGCCUCUUCCAGGGCGGGCCUCGCCAAGCACCUCCGCCUCCGUCGCCGAGCCUGCUGGGACAAGUGCUGGAGACGAGGAGCCCAGAGACGAGCUCACGGAGGUCUUCAAAAAGAUUCGGAGGAAAAGGGAGUUCCGGGCCGACGCGCGGGCUGUCAUCUCCCUGAUGGAGAUGGGCUUUGACGAGAAGGAGGUGAUGGACGCUCUCCGCGUUAAUAACAAUCAGCAGAAUGAUGCCUGCGAGUGGUUGCUGGGAGACCGGAAGCCCUCCCCCGAGGAGCUGGACAAGGGCAUGGACCCCAACAGCCCCCUCUUCCAAGCCAUCCUGGACAACCCAGUGGUGCAGCUGGGGUUGAGCAACCCUAAGACGCUGCUUGCCUUUGAGGACAUGCUGGAAAACCCGCUCAAUAGCACGCAGUGGAUGAAUGACCCCGAGACUGGGCCGGUCCUGCUGCAGAUCUCCAGGAUCUUCCAGACCCUAAACCGCACGUAG